CACUACUAUAUAACAAAUAAUUUGAGAUAUAGCUAUCUAGCAAGUCUACCUCACAAAGGGCGCACGAAGGAGUAUUUGAUAUCAUGAAAACAUUGCCCCCUCAUGCGAGGAAAAUAGAUGAUCUUACUAGAGACUAUGGUGUCGAUCCCAAGGUUGGCUUAUCUCAAAGUGAAGUAGAAGUAUUGCAAAAGAAAUAUGGACCAAACCAACUUCCUGCUGAAGAAGGAAAAGCAUUGUGGAUAUUAAUCCUCGAGCAGUUUGACGAUCUCUUAGUUAAAAUUCUCAUCUUGGCUGCCGUCAUUUCAUUCAUCCUGGCCUUGUUCGAGACCGACGAGAAUGAAAAAACGACAGCAUUUGUAGAGCCCCUCGUAAUCGUGACCAUUCUGGUUGCCAACGCAGCUGUAGGGGUGUGGCAGGAAAAGAACGCAGAGGAUGCUAUUGAAGCGCUCAAAGAAUACGAGCCUGAAAUAGCUAAAGUUGUCCGCCAAGGCAAGGCUGGCGUUCAGCGCAUCCGUGCCGCCAACCUCGUGCCUGGUGACAUUGUUGAAGUUGCUGUGGGAGACAAGUGUCCGGCUGAUAUCCGGGUUAUCGAGAUACUGUCUUCUUGUAUAAAGAUAGAUCAGAGUAUCUUAACAGGCGAGAGUAUGAGUGUGAUGAAGACAACAGAGUCUGUUCCCGACAUACACGCCGUUAACCAGGACAAAGUCAACAUCAUCUUCUCCGGAACCAACGUUGCCAGUGGUAGAUGUCAGGGUAUCGUGGUCGGAACUGGACUCAAUACCUCUAUUGGUAAGAUCCACAAAUCCAUCUCGGACCAAGGCAACGACGUGAAGACUCCUCUUGGAAAGAAACUUGAUGAGUUUGGUGAGCAACUGUCCAAGGUUAUCUCUGUCAUCUGUGUAGCCGUGUGGGCCAUCAACAUCGGUCAUUUCUCCGACCCCAUUCAUGGCGGUUCUUGGAUCCGAGGAGCUGUUUACUACUUCAAGAUCGCUGUUGCCCUGGCUGUCGCUGCCAUCCCCGAGGGACUACCCGCCGUUAUCACCACCUGUCUUGCUCUGGGAACCCGACGAAUGGCUAAGAAGAACUGCAUCGUAAGAUCUCUGCCAUCUGUAGAGACACUCGGAUGUACGACUGUUAUCUGCUCUGAUAAGACCGGUACUCUGACAACUAACCAGAUGAGUGUUAGCAAGAUGUUUGUGGUUGAUGAAGUUACACCCGAUGUCACUAAAUUCGCUCAAUACGAAAUCUCCGGAUCUACUUACGAACCCAAGGGCUCCAUUUCACACAACGGAAGACGAGUCCAAUGUGCUGGAAUACCUGAGUUGCACGAGGUCUCCUUCAUUCAGUCCCUUUGUAAUGACAGUGGUAUUGACUUCAACGAACACAAGAAAUUCUACGAGAAGAUUGGCGAACCUACAGAGGUUGCAAUGAAAGUACUCUCCGAGAAGAUGAACGUUCUGGGAUUGGAUACAUCUAAACUUACUAAGUCACAGCUGGCCAACGUCUGCAGCGACGCUAUUGAUCAGAAAUUCAAGAAGAUUGCCACACUGGAAUUCUCCCGCGACCGUAAGAGUAUGAGUGUCCUUGUGACCCCCACCGAUCCAGCCACUACACAGAAAUGUGGCCUGACCUCAACCGAGAAGAUGUUUGUAAAGGGAGCUCCUGACUUUGUCCUGGAAAGAUGUACUCAUAUCAGAGUAAAGGGAGAGAAGGUACCAAUGACCCCAGCUGUUCUCCGAAAUAUUCUGGACAUGAUUUCUCUUUACGGAACAGGUAAAGAUACUCUGAGAUGCCUGGCACUUGCCACCAGAGACGAUCCCCCAGCACUGGACUCCAUGAAACUAGAGGACAACAAGAACUUCUCAACUUACGAGAGCGACCUGACAUUUGUUGGUUGUGUCGGUAUGUUGGACCCUCCUCGUGCUGAAGUAUAUGACGCGAUCGAGAGGUGCAGAAAAGCUGGAAUUAGAGUCAUUGUCAUCACUGGUGACAACAAAGGAACAGCUGAAGCUAUUUGCCGACGAAUUGGAGUAUUUGGAGAAGAAGAGAACACCGAAGGCAAGAGUUACACUGGACGAGAGUUUGAUGAACUUACCCCUGAACAACAGAAAACUGCCGUUGCUAACGCAAGUCUUUUCGCCCGAGUUGAGCCAAGCCACAAACAGCGUAUUAUUGAGUUCCUCCAAGCUGCUGGAGAUGUAUCUGCUAUGACUGGUGAUGGUGUGAACGAUGCACCUGCUCUCAAGAAAGCUGAAAUCGGAAUUGCAAUGGGAACCGGAACUGAGGUGGCCAAGAGUGCUUCCGACAUGGUGCUUGCUGAUGACAACUUCUCUAGUAUUGUCAGCGCUGUUGAGGAGGGUCGAGCCAUCUAUAACAACACCAAACAAUUCAUCAGAUACCUGAUCUCAUCUAACAUCGGUGAGGUUGUUUGUAUCUUCCUGACUGCUGCUCUUGGUUUACCUGAAGCCCUGAUCCCCGUACAAUUGCUCUGGGUUAACUUGGUCACUGAUGGUCUGCCCGCUACUGCUCUCAGUUUCAAUGCUCCUGAUCCCGACAUUAUGGCUGUACCUCCAAGGAACCCAAGAGAAGGUCUGAUAACUGGAUGGUUGUUCUUCCGAUACAUGGCAAUUGGUCUGUACGUUGGAGUAGCCACUGUAGGAAGCGCUGCUUGGUGGUUCAUGUCCUACCCCGGUGGACCCCGUCUCACUUACUACCAGCUGUCUCACCACAUGUCCUGUCACCCUGACAACGAAAUGUACAAAGGAUUCGACUGCGAGAUCUUCGGAGAUGCUCAUCCUAUGACCAUGGCCCUGUCCGUCCUUGUGACAAUUGAGAUGCUGAACGCUGUCAACAGCGUGUCUGAGAACCAAUCCCUGCUUACGAUGCCCCCAUGGAAGAACACAUACCUUCUGGGAGCUAUCUUCCUCUCCUUCGCUCUUCACUUCGUCAUCCUCUACACUCCCUUCCUCUCCCUGAUCUUCCAGAUCACUCCCCUCUCCUUCUCCGAGUGGGUUGCUGUCUUCAAGUUCUCCAUCCCAGUGAUGCUGGUUGACGAGUUCCUCAAGUUCCUCUCUCGAAACUUCAUCUACAAUUACACCCCAUCUCACGAGAAAAUCCAGUAAAGAGUUUACUCCCCCGAACCCUACUUCUUCAACCGAGCAGUAUUUAUUAAGCAACCACACGUUCACCUGGGUCAAUGUGACACACCCACACACACACGUCCAAUAUUAGUUGCCAUUGAACUUGCAGACUUCCAAUUAGUUUUCCUCCUAAUUAUCGAGUUAUUAACUAUUUCAUCAUAGAAUGCUCGAGAUGGACUGGUCGAAUUAAGGGUGGUGUUUUGGUGGUGUUCUAUAUAUAAUACUACUGCGAGAGUCUAAUAUAAUACUUAUUUGAAUUGAGAGUUUAUUAUUUAUACGUAAUAUGUUAACUAGGCAGAGAGAAAUAGAAGCGACUUUGUGCAAUGUAUAUUGUAUAGUGAUAUUAUGUACAUGAUACAAUUAAUAUGCAUUGUAUAAACCCGUACCCGAUUGUGACUAUUUUUUGUCGGGAGGAUUUCAGGUUCAUGUCAUUUUUGGGAAGCUUCCUUUUCAAAUCUUGAAGGUUUUCGUAGUUUGAUCUCUGUAAAUAUUGUCUUCAGCCGGUGCAAGUAUAAUCCCUUUUUGGGUGAUCUUGAAGUUAAAAUGUUCGGUCAUUUUGAAAUGUUUUGGUUGAAUAAUAUUAUUACGUAUGUACGAAAAAUAGAUUAUAUAACAAUCGUUGUCCUGUCGAUGUGAUGUAUAUUAAAUUUUGUGAAAUUAAGCAUUAAAUUUAUCAACUUAUUAUUUCAGCUAUACUACUAAGCAAGUUUCUAUAAAUAUACGUUACACUUCAUCUGUUACCAGUCAUGCUACUUUCCAGAUUUCACCUCUGGGUUUCUCUUACAUAGAACGUUAUUCAUUUAACUUUGGGAUGCGGUAUUUGGAUCUAUUUUAUUGUUGUGGCUUUUAAAGUACAUUGCCGUUAUGAAGUUUACCGAAGUGAUGCUGCCAUGCACUUGUUGCAAAUAUUAUGCUAUAUUAUCAAUAACGAUCUUAGGAAAGCAAUUGUUAAAAUUUGCAGCACAGAUCUGCAGGCUUUCGCUUGGUACGUUGAAAUUAUACUUGCCUCACUCGAAAAAGAUACCUGAGCCAGAAUAGAUCUUGUACUUUUUCACCGAGAUUGUUUCCGGGGGAACCACCAUUUUAGCUUCCUGAGGUCUCAAUGGUACCAAGUGUGCACAAAAUGGCAGGAGAAACUAAAAUAGUUGAUCCCCUGGUUUCAUAUUAAUGAAAAGGAUGUCUAUUUUAGCACCAGGUCUCUUACCUCAGUGAAUAGUAUGAUGACACUAAAUAACGUUACUAUCGUUUUGAAGAAAUACUCCUUGCUCAUUGCUGAUCUUUUUAGUGUUAUCCGGGGCAUCGGUGCUAAUUUAUUUCGAAAUCUGUUGAAUCUAAGUAUUGUUGGGUCGAAUUGAAACUGUGUCGUUAAGAAUAGCUGCAGUUGGUUGAUGCUACAUUAAAAUGCUAUUGUUUGAAGGAGACCAUUAAAAAUGGGCUCCAGUAGUAAUACUACUUACUAGGAGCUUGUUAUGCAAAUUUACGAUUUGCUUGUUGAAAUCAACCUCAAUUCGACCAAACUACACUUCGAUUAAUCAUGAAAGUUAUAACGUUAUUACAGACAUUGCUUUGAGCUAUUUGAUCUAUAUUUUAAAGGAUGAUAUUAAGUGCUAGUUGAACCAAUUUCUGACGAGUAAAUAUUACGGUAAAAA